GUCCUGGCUGCCGGAGCAGUGACGUUAGGCGGGCACGUCACCACCUCCGGAUGCGGACGGAUGACAGCCUGGCCCUGCUCUGCUCUUCGUCUUGGUCCCAGCUGGCAGAGUCCUCAGCUCGGGGGGUUAUUAUUCUUGGCGGUGUCCUGGACUUUGUCCUUGUCCCCGCCUGAACUGCGUCCCACCUAUCACGGACUCUUCUUGCAGGUGCAAGUGUCACCCGGUGACGGUUCCUUGUCCCCCACCGGGAUCUCUGCGGCGUCACGGGUUGGCAUGGGGCGCUGGGGAGCCUCCGAGUGAGGCAGCUGUCCCACCUCGGGACACUGCGGGGACCAAGCCGUGAGCCAGCGGACGAGCCAUUUGCACCGGUGGGGAGGUGACACGGGUGAGGAGACAGACCCCCGGUCACUCCCAGCAGCCCCCCCCCCUCCCAUCCCAGGACCCACCGCCCCAGGAUGCCUCAUGGCAGCUCUUCCCCCAGCACCCACCGGGUGUCGCUGGGAGAGCGGACUGCAGCCCUGCGAAACCUGGGGCUGCCUUCUCCCGUCUGCUUCCCUGCCCUACCUGUCUGCAGGGCCCGUACCUGUCCCCGUCCCUCCGGGGGACUGCACCUGCUCCUCCACGCUGCCCUGGCCCUGUGGGAGCCCCCAUGGCAGCCAGGACCGUUGGGUGUAGUGGGGACAAGGUUGUUUCUUGUCCCCGGGGUUGCAGGGACGCUGGGUGACAGUGGCAAGGGGAUGGUCACAGUUUGAGGUACUGCUGUGAUUUAAUCCCUGCCGGCAGCUCAGCCCCCCCUCUCAGCUGCUCACACACACAGCUCCGGCGGGAUGGGGUACAAAAUGGGAACAGAUAAAAUGGUAAAAGGGACUAAACUGAUGGAUUGAGAUAAAAUCAGUUUAGUAGGAAAAAGCAAGGAUGUCCUGUAGUCUGGGGUAUCCCGGGGGUGGGGGUAGAGAGGGGCAGAGCUGCCCCAUCCACAUCCCCUCCCAGUUUCUGUGUACCCCCAGAACUCUCACUCACUGGUGGGGCAGUGGGAGGAGCUGAAAAGUCCUUGAGGCUCUGUGAGCAUGGCUCAGCCAUUUUCAUACACCCCUGGGUUAUCAGCACUGCUUUCAGCACAACUCCAGAACAGUCCCACACUGGCUCCUAUGGAAAAAAUUACCUCUAUCCCAGUUAAACCAGUCCAGGACCCCAGGGGACAUGGAAGGUUGGGAACAGGUCCAAGAUGCUGGGGAAACCAUGCGCAGGGGGCUUGGAGUGGGCGUGGGGCAGCUGAGGUCAGUGUGUCCAUGGGUAUGGGGACAGGGAGGGGACUACAAUUGUCCUGUGUUUAAUUUGUCGGCACAAAGAGGCUGCUCAGCCUGCAGUGAGACCCUUCCCAAUGGCUACGGGGCAGAGGCGGUUUGAGGGGGUGCUGGGUGUGGGACCCCCGUGUUACCCCUUCACGCUACUCACCCAAAUCCACCCGACGCGUGCUGCCUGCCCUGCCUGUGCCUUCUCCGCCCCCUGCCCGCCCCGCAGCUGAACUCCCGGGCCCCGGCCCCUCGCCCCUCUGCACCCUCGGCAGAUGUGAGCAAAGGCCCCGGAGCAGAUGGCAACAUUUGGUAGCCGAGUGGUCCCUGUGUGCGGGACUUUGCUGGGCUGUGAUGGCCGUCUCUCCAGGAAGCCUCCUCCUCAGCCAGCCAGGGCUGGGGAGCCCAUCCGAACUGCUGCCAGAGCAUGCCAGGGGUGCAGCGGGGAUCCCCAGGAUGGGCACGCUGCCCCUGCCAUGGGGGUGACGGGGUGUCAAGAGGGCGUGGAAAGCUCGGCAGCCCCAAAAAUCAGGGGUCUAUCCUUGAGCUCAGCCCUCGUGAUAGGGCUCAGCCUGUCCUUGAGCUCAGCCCAUCCCCUAAUAUCUUCUUCCAUGUGUGAGCAGUGGAGAUGGUCUGCUUAGGUAGAGGGUAGCUGCUGCUCCAUUUCUGGGGGGACAAGGGGACUCCCUCACUCCAGGGACUACUGGGCACCCUAUUUGAGAGGAUAUGACCCCCAGACUUGGGGACCUGCUGGCGGGUCUCAGCCUGGACCCUGGCAGCCCCAACUCUAUUUGCAUUCCAUUUCCAUGUGAAAGGAGCAGGUCAAGUUGAAAGUGGAAAGGCUGGUGGGGGGCAGCCGGGAAGGGGCCGCUGCCGGAGGUGAGACCCCAACAAAAGGGCCGGAUCCCCAGGGCCCAGUGCUCGCCUGGCCAUGGGCUGCGGCCACGGCCCCACGGCAGCCGCCAUCUGCGGGUCUGUGCUGCUGCCACCACCGGCCAGACAAAGGCCUCGUGCCCAGCAUGUCCCCAUCUGUCACCUCCCCGGUUCCUGGAUCCCUGAGCAGAGACUGAGUGUGAACAUCCGGGUGCAUUCCCUCUACCCUCAGGGAAUGGGGCGAUGCUGGGUGCAGAGGGUGCCUCCCCAUUCUGUCCCCGUUCCUUCUGGAGCGGCUCUGUAGAGCUCUUGUUGGGGAAACUGAGGCAGGAGCAGGUGGUAGCUUAUCCUGGGUCAGGGCAUGGCAACGGGCUGAAAUAAAGCACUAGGAAUUAACAGACAAGAUGAAAGGGUUGGGGACCUCUCAGCUCUGGGGGUGCCCCUGCGUGGGGGUGCCCACACUGCCGAGCCCCAGCCCUGCGGCUUGGCAGGUGUUGCCAGGCACCCGUAGCUGCCUCCGCCCAGCACUUCCAGGGGGGGAAUUGGCCGCUGAGUGUGUUUUCCGUUCUUUGGCAACUUAAUUUAGCAUCCAGGAGGUCCUGGCAGUGGCACGAGAGUGUCUGUAGAAGCUGAGAGCAAAGGCACUGCCAGCGCCUGAUUGUCCCUCUGUUCACAAACACCGUUGGCGUGUUCCCGGAGCAGCGGUGGGGAUGCUGCCCCGGCUGCUGGGGGAGCAUUCCUGCAGGAGGCUGCCCUCCCGGAGCGUGUCCCGGGAUGCUCCCGGGGAGGGCGAGGCUUGGGGCGCUGCCUGGAUGCGACGCCCCGCUCCAACGGGCCAGACGUGCCCGAGCAGCUCCUGCAGCCUCCUGCCCGCACCCGCACAACCUCGGCACUUGUGGGGGAUGCAGCCUGCGGGCUCUGCCCUCGCCUACCAACUGGGAUUUUCCAGCUAAGCCCGUUGUGCGAAUCUGGGCUCAGGGCAGCCCUCUGGCUCCCAGACUGCAGUUCCCUCGGCCCUUCUCCCUCCAACAGCUCCUUGUCUUUUUCCAGGAGCCGUUUGAACAAUGCAGGGCUGUAACUGAGCUCCAUAGCACGAGCCAAGUGCUCAUUCCCUCGGUGCAGAGCUGAACGGAGAUCCCUCUACCAUGGGGCAGGAGCCACCCUGGGGCUGGGUUCAGGCCAGCAGUUCCAGGUGGCUGCAGGCUUGGUGACCCUGUUCCAGUCUGUCACCUCCCUCCCUACUAUCCAGUUUAUUUUCCAACAUUUUGGAGUUUAUUGCUGCUGGGUGUGUGGGAAAACAAGGUGAGAUUUCCAAAUCAGAGCAGGCCCUGCCAACUGGCCAUACCAAUGAUAUGAGGGAAUCUGGGUGCCCACAGGAAGACUGGGAAUUUCCCUUGUGCCCAAAGCCCUAAUCCAGCCCCAGAACCGUCUGCCCACAGCGAGCAGUGACACCCAGAAGCGUUUUGGCUUUGUCCCUGUGAGCACCUCGGGCCGUGUGUGCAUCCAGGCUUGCCCAGCCGGCACCGCGGGCUGAACCGGCACCCGGGACGUCACCGGGCACCACCACACUGUGUGACGCAGCCUGGCAUGGAGCAAUGCCCUGUGGUUUCGAUCCCAUGUGAGCGCUGAGGUGCUUGGAGGGUGUCCUCACCCGGCGCUGACUCAGCGGCAGCUGCUGCAUGCAGAACCGCUCCAGCACCCUCCAGCCGCCAGCCCGCGGGGAGACGGGGAGGACGUGGCUGGGGAGCAGGAGGCGUGGGGACAUCAGGACACCACCGGGACACCCUCGGAAAGAGAGCAGGGAGAAGAAUUGUGGCAGCUGAUCCGUGCUGAGGAGGCUCCCACGCCGAAGGGCUGAUCCAGCUCCUCCAGGCAGGAGGUGACCUGGUCUGCCAUGUGAGCCUGCCUGGACUGCCCACCCCAGGAGGGAGAGGAGCUGGGGCCACAUUGGACAAUGCCCAGAGCUCAGAUCUCCACACUCCAGCUGCGUUUGGGACAUGGAAUCCCAUGUUAUGGGAAUCCUAUGUUAUGUUGCUGAGCUUUUGGGGCUGUUUGGAGGGCGGCUCCGCUCAGCUCAGCUUGGCUCGGUGCAGCUCAGCUCGGUGUGGCCGUGCCAGCGCGGUGGCUCAGCACAGGAGGAAUGUGGAGCAGCAGGUUGUGCCCCGUGCUGGGGAGGGGACCCCACACUGGCCACUGCCGGCUGCGCUGGGGCUCCCGUGUCCUUGUCCCUGCACUUUGACAGCCAUCUCCUCUGUGGCUUGGCUGAGUCUGGUACAAGGCUGAGCUCCGGUGCCUGACAUGGAGAUGUUUUCCUGCUUUUCCUUGCCUGGGGGACACUUUUGCACCCCUGUGCUGAACCGGGGAGUCCUUCCAGUUCUGGGCGCAGGUACAAAGGCAGUGAAGCCGGCCAUUGGCACAGGGGCUGGGCAGCGCUGGACUCGAGGGGUCAGGCAGAGGGGUGCAGAAAACUGCCCCGGGGAGUAGGCAGGAGGAUCUGUGCCAGUGCUGGGACCGUUCCCAGCUGUCGCCAAGCCUGGCCGUCCCCCUGCAGACAUUUUCCAGGUCAGGAGGCAGCAUGUCCCCCCAGGCAGGGGACGAGGAUGGGGAGAGGGGCAGACAGCCUCCCCCAUGGCCACUCGUCUGUCACAGCGUGUCAGGAGGAUCCACCGUGUGCUCUGCAGGGAUUCUGCUGGGGUCCAGAUUCUGGGGAAUCUGGCACCCGUGGGCUGGUAGGGGGUGCAGACGUGGCUCAGCUGUGGCUCAGCCAUGGCUCGGCGGGGCUGUGGGUGCCAGGGCUGGCUCCUGCCGCCGGCGGUCAGUGCUGGGACAGGCGCUGGGCUGCUCCCAGGAAGUUUGUGCACGCAGGUGAGCGGGUGACGCUGGCAGCUGCUUGCUCGGGGCUGCCACGGGAGCGAGUAAGGUCACAGCACACCGGCCCCUGCCCUGCCCACCACUGCACCUGGUGAGUGCUGGGACGUGCUGUCACAUCCUCGGGCUCAUCAGUGCCCCAAAUCGGCAGGAAUCUCAGAGCAGCUUGGGAAAGGCAUUGGGGGAGGGGGUCUGACCCACAUCUGCUCCAGUGUGCCCUGCCACUGAUGAGCCCCUCUGGGUAUUUGGGCUACUCUGGGUGUGUCCACCUCUGGUCAGGGGACUGCAGAAGGGUGUGGGGCUGGUUUAGGUGCCCUCUGCGCCCUUUUCGCUGUGGGCGGGCUGGUGCCUCUGCGCGACCGUUGUGGCGGCUGCGCUUGUUGGGGUUGGCAGGGACCCAAGGACACGGGGUGUGCAGGGCCUCACGCUGGCCCGAGCACACCGCGGCCGGGCAAGCACGAGUGGAAACCCCCGUGUUCUCCACCUGCUUUACAAGGAACUCCAGGAUGAGCGCAGGGAGCCUUUGAGCAGCCCCGGCGCUUGCGAGAGGGCUGAGGGAACAGCAGAGGGAGUGGAGCACGGAAUCCAGCAGCCCGGCAGGGUGGUAGGUGAUGGAACCCUGGGCAUGGGGGAUGCCCGCCUGGGAGCGGGCAAUGCAGCCCUGGGCAUGGGUGAAGCGAGGAUGUAGAUGAGGCACCCCUGGGAACAAUCAGUGCUCCCCUGGGAGUGGGUGAUGCACGCCUGAGAGAAAGAUAUGCCCCCCUGGAUGUGGGCAGUGCCCCCCGGAGCAUGGCCGAUGGGAACAUGUAAUGUACCCCUUGACGCGGGGGAUGCACUCCUGGCACCUGCGACUUCGGCAGAGCUUCAGUGUGGGGUGCUUGGCUCUCUCCGCCCCCACUCUCUCCGCAGGGUGCCCCUCUCCGGGACCGGGGCGCUCUCCCCGCCGGCGCCAUUGGCCCCGGUGCUGUUUGAAGCAGGCGUGCGGCGCGGAUUGGCCGGGGGACUUGUCGGGGAGGCUCGGCGGCGGCGGAGGCGUGGUGACCGCCUUCAAAUAGGCAGCCCGGAGCCGGGGGCUCAGCCAGUGCGGUACCGCACAGCCUGGGCUGUCUUUGUCUGCCGUGGGGCCGGGGCGCGGGCAGGGGCAGCAUCGCCGCCGCUCUCACUCCGGCCCCGCUCUCACUCCGGCCCCUCUUCUCAGCCGACGGCACCUGAGCCCUUCGCUGCCUGUGGCGGCCGCCCAUCCGUGUCCCGGUGCCGGCACGGAGGAUGCCCGUCGAGGCGCUGCAAGCCGGUGACACCAUGAAGGGGGUGACGGUGCCUUUCACCUCGGCCAUGCCCGUCCGUAUCCUCCGCAAAGGGCCCGCGUAUUUCCGCCGGCACGCCGAGCCGGGGGCCGGGAAGCCCAGCGCAGUGGAGAGGCUGGAGGCUGACAAGGCCAAGUACGUGAAGAGCCAGAAGGUCGCCAGUACCAAACAGGAGCCGGUGAAGCCACUGCUGCUCAAGCAGCCCCUCUUCGCCCCCGGGGUGCGCCGGGCUGUGCUCACCCCCAGCCGCAGGGCACCCCCGGGGCCGCGCCGCGCCGAUGCUGCCAACCCGAAGACCUCCCUUGACCUGGAGAUCCUCAACAACCUCAUCAACCUCUGUGACAGCCCUUUCCCUAAGGCGGAGAGCCCGCUGGGCAGGGAGUGCAGGUGGCGGGCGGAAGCGCCAGCGGUGGAGGGGGCUGUCAAGCCACCGGAGAGCCCGGCCACCACCAAGCCCCCCGGCAGUGUAGCCGUGCGGAGGGUGGACGUCCGUCCCUGUGGAGCUCCACGGAGCCCAGUGACACCGCUGCCUGCGUCCCCCGUCCCUGGUGGGCUGCCUGUGACCCCAUCCCGGAGCUCGCCCGCCCGCCCCGAGAGCGCCCGGCGGCAGCCGCUGCUGCACCGCUCCAAGUCGGACCUGAGCGAUCGUCUCUCGCGGGCCACCGCCGACCUGGAGCGCUUCUUCAACUACUGUGGCCUUGACCCCGAGGAGAUGCAGGACAUGGGGGCUGAGCGCUUCGCCCGUGCCAGCUCUGACAUCGUGUCCCUCAAGUUCCACAGCGUGAGCACGGCCAGCUCGGAGGGCGGCCGCUCACCGCCCAGCGCUGCCACGCCGGAGGGACGGCCGGCGGAGCGUGUGCCCUACGGCAUCUCCAUCAUCGAGCGCAACGCCCGUGUCAUCAAGUGGCUCUACGGGCUGCGCCAGGCCAGGGAGCCCCAGAAGGUCUCCGAUGUGUAGUGGUGCCAUGGUGGGCACUGGGGAUGGGUUGCUCAAAAGCAGGCAAUGCUGGAUGGGGACAAAGCACAGGCUGUGCCCUGGGAGGAGCAGGGACCUCUUGAUGGUGACAGGACCUUUGAACUUAGCCCUGCUGUACUACAGCAUCACUGGCCUGAUGUGGUGGCCAGGGAUCCACUGUCAGACCCCUGUGCUAGCACUGGAGGGCCAGGUCCCUGUGGGAAGGCAGAGGACUUGUGACCCUGGGUGUUUGGCUGGUCCUCAACACCCACAAGGCCUCAUAUGUGGCUGUCCUGCCUGUGCUGCUGGCAGCUCCUGCCUGUCCUGCUCCUCACCAGCACCCCUGGGUGGGGUGCAAGGGGCUGGUUCCCCCCUGCACAGAGCAGGGAAACUCCACUGGGGAAGGAGCUGCCCCCUUGCAGUCUCCACCGAAGGGGUCCCACUGCCUGUGGUGGUGAUCACAUCCUGGUGGUCCCAUCUUAUUGCUAAAGAAAAGCCUGGUGCUUUGAGGGGUGACGGGGAAACCUGACACCCUGCUUCAAGCUGCCCAGGGCUGUGUGUCUGUGUGUGUGAGUGUCUGCGGGUGCCUGUGUUCCCCUCCCCGGCUGCCAGUGGGCACAAAGCCCCCACCAUGCUGGGCCUGGUAUUUAUGAAGACAACAGUUCCUCUUUUCUACUCUUUCCCUUAUGUUUGAUCUGUAAAUAAUAAUAAUUAUAAUGCAGCCAGUUUUAUUAAAUGCCUUUGUUUUGGA